CACUAUGAGUUCGCGAUGCAAAAUUUCUUGUUUACAAGAAGCCAAACGAGUGGCUAUUUUUGGAGGCACACAUGGAAAUGAGAUGUCUGGCAUAAUGCUGGUAAACAUGUGGAUAAAUAAUGCAGCCGAGAUAGAGAGAAAUGGAUUGGUGACAAAGCCGUUUAUAAGCAAUCCCAGGGCAGUGGAAAAAUGUACCAGAUACAUCGACACGGAUCUGAACAGAGCCUUCACGCCAGAGAAUCUCAGUGCUCCUGAUGUAGAAGGGCUGCAAUAUGAAGUCCAGAGGGCCAAGGAAAUCAGUCAGAUGUUUGGGCCCAAAGGAAGCCCAGGUGCAUAUGAUGUCAUCUUUGACCUUCACAAUACUACCUCAAACAUGGGCUCCACCCUCAUUCUGGAAAGCUCAACAGAUUUAUUCAACCUUCAGAUGGUGAAUUACAUCAGAAAAGCUAUGGCUCCCCACACUUGUCCAGUACUGUUAAACGAAAACCCACAACUGAAGUAUUCAACCACACGUUCUGUGGCGAAACACCCAAUUGGUCUUGAGGUGGGCCCACAGCCACAGGGAGUUUUGAGGAGUAAUGUGUUUGAGUCCAUGAGGACAAUACUGAAGCAUGCACUUGACUUUCUUGAGAUCUUCAAUAGUGGUGUUGAGUUUCCUUCAUGUACAGUGGAGGUGUUCAAAGCUCAUGAGAGAAUGGACUACCCCAGAGACACCAAUGGCAACAUCACAGCUAUGGUGCAUCCUCAUCUACAGGACUGUGACUGGGAGCCUUUGAACCGGGGUGACCCUAUGUUCCUAACUUUUGAUGGGAAAACAAUCCUUUAUGAAGGUGCCAGCACUGUGUACCCCACAUUUAUUAAUGAGGCUGCCUAUUACGAGAAACGGCAGGCGUUCAUGACCACCUGUAGGGAAAUACUAGCUGCUAAUGCUAUCAGGAAAACAGUCAAGGAACAAAGUUAAUUACACACAUUUCUCUUUUAAAAUGUCAUAUGACUCCCACAAAGUACUAUCAAAUAAAAAUUCUUGUUUUUCACUUGUAUUGUGAAUGCAACAUAUGAAAACAUGACAAUUUCCUCAUUUAAAGACGAUUUGUUUUUAAGAUUUAUAUUUUCAAAUUUAUUUUUAAAUAACAACAAACAGAUUUGUUGUUUUGUACUGAAAUAUGUUGGAUAAUAUCAAAACAUGCUACAUUACAUGUAAUGAAGAAUUUUGUAAUUCUUCAUUUAAUGAAAAACGUACAUCUCAGGAACAGUCUUUACUGCCCUCUAGCCUGUGAUUCAACACACUGUUGACUCAAAUACUGAUCUGAAAAACGCCUUAAAAACAAAGGAACCUCUCAGCACUGUUAAUAUGUCAUACGUCACAAAAAAUGACUCAUCUGUCUGAACUCCCUGAAUUUUGUGCUGUUUGUAGGACCUGAUUUUAUCCUCAUUUCAGUGGCACAACUCAUAUUUGCCUUAAUAGAUAAGUGUGAAAAUGACAUUAACAUCCAGUAGGAUAAUACAGGAAUACACAGUAAGCAUUGCUUAAAAAAUGUUGAUCAAUAGACGUGUUUAUACUGAAUUACAUGCUGCCGAAUUUAUAGAUUGCUGUAUCUAUUUUAUAAAAGCUCAGCAGGCACUGAAAGAAUUUGUCUGACAGAAUUAUGAUCUUAUUUGUGAGAAAAUGUAUGACGUUUCCACAUUUUGUAUUGUGAUGUAUUUGACUUGUGUAAACUGUUGAAAGGCCAAUUAGAGUGUAUUAUAUUUUGUAAGUGUGAUUUUUAACAAAAUAACACCUUUAUCUAUGCAAUAUUUUAUUCAUUUAUGUGGUCAGACAUUCUUAAUUUAUUUUAAAUUGAAUUCAAGAAGUGUCUAGAUUAUUUUUCAAAUAAAUGUAACAAAUGAUUCUAGCCAGAUGUCAAAACACUGUGUUUGUUAUGUGACGUUCUGAAGGUCCAAUUGGUGUUGAGUAUUGACUGAUAAAGUUCAGUGUUGUCAUAAUGUGGAAAAUAAUGUAUCCUAAUGGAAUGAAAUAAGCAUUGCCACAAUGUGUUUGUAUUACAUCAAGUCCUUAUAGUCUUUAUUUGACUUUCAUUCAUAUAAAACCAGGAUAUAUCUCUAUUAUGACUCUUUAGAAAAUAUAAUAAUAAAAAUGUUUAUCUUUAUUAAAUCUACUUGGCACUUUUUAUUUAAACAGAUCCUGUACUGUAUGUACUGGAUCAAAUGGAUCUUAGAUGCUCAGUGUUUUUGUUUUACAUACUGAACACUGGAGGGCAACACCUUAACAUUGAUUAAACAUGUAAAAAAUACUAACUACCUAUCCUGCCUUUGCCAAGUGGAAACAUCAUAUAAAAAGCACUUCCAGUUCCACCCGAUCCCUAAAUUGGUCUUCUUUCUCAGCCACAUUGGCUUACAUGAGGAAAACAGCAUAAGAAAUGUUUUCAUCAGAGAUCAAAUUAAAAUGACAAUUUCAAGCACGAUUUUACCUUCACACUAAGCUAGGAAUAAUUGGGCAUCUUGGGCUGAUUGGGCAUCUAAAUCUUUGUGAAAUCACUCUCAACCUAUGUAGGCUGAAGUUACAAGUGACUCAUAGGACAUAGAAAUGUAUGAAAAUGAUGUGCAUCAUGCAUUCACAUGUAUUUUCACUAAUUAGUUUAUCUAUUGGAAAGUGGUUUUCAUAUGCAAAUCACCAUGGUAACUGAACAAGUUUAUGCAUUAAACACUUGUUGCUGAUUGCCAGGAGUUGAAUAAGCUUUUAGUCAAAUGACCUCGAAGUUCUUGGGCUGAGUCCAAGAUGUAACUACAAAGAAUUAAAAAAGCCACCAGACUUCUCUCUAUGCCGAAUGAAAGCUAAUGUGCUGACCCUCCACUGCAUAAUGGUCUGAGCUACUGAAACAAUAUUCUUACAAUUAUUCUCAGCAAAAAAUAGGCUACACAUGAACUGCUAUACAACAAUAUUCUAAUGUCUAUUUAUUGUAAUGUAAAUGGUGUAUAUUGUGUUAAUUAUGUGUCUUGACUUCACUGAAAGUCUUUCUCUCUUUGGCUGCUAUUCAAGGCUAGUUAAAUGCAUUAACACAUAUCAA